ACAAGGUGAUCCUUGUUCGCUCUUGGACCUGCUGCAGCAUCAGUCACACAUCAGGCAUGACCAGCCUGAGGAUCGCUUAAAAAAGUAGAUAAACACAGUGGAUACAAAUCCGGUGGAUUGUACUUCCCUCUCUCUCGGACCCACCACUGGAAACCCGGGGGUUCUUUUUUACGCACACGUGCUCAACACAAUUCCCUGGAUGUUGGGAUUAAAACACCUAUCGGAUCUUUUCUGGCGAAAUAAGACUAGUGAAUCCCAUGGAUCUAAACACCAAAUAGGAUUAAAAUCUGUUUUAGGGCAGCGCAUCCAUCUGGCAUGGCUUUACCAAACUCACCGGGCUCUCCAGAAGCAGGGAAGCCCAACCCCAACGUCAUAGACCUCGGAACUAUCUUUGUUGACUCGGACAUUAUAUUUGGAUUUACAAGUCACCUGCUGAGGAGAAAAACAAAGGUGGAGGGUUGUCCCAGUGGAGAGUCCGCGGUGAGCCCCAGGAAAAGGCUUCAUUCAGCAGAAGAAGCGCGAUGCAGCAGCCGACCUCCACCCGAGGGCGCCGGGUCAGUUUCCAUCCCGGAGUCAGAGGAGAAAGGAGGCUUUUGCCAGCAGUGCCAAAAGAAGGUGUCCGAACUGAAGAAGCAGGCGCAAGCUCUGGUUGACCAAAACUCCUUCAAGGACCCUGGAUAUGCAACCUUCCUGUUCGAUCAGCUCCAAACACUUGGAAGUCAUGAACCUGAAUGCUGCCAAAAGUGCUCCACUCCUCUCCAUCAGCUAAGGAGGGAGGCCUUGCAGGCGCUCCACUCUCCUAUCCUCACGUUCAGCUCAGAGAUGGCAGCAUUGCCUAUUGCAUCCAUUCAGCAAAAGCCAUCCAAACUCACCCUGUCAGCAUCCCGUGUUCAUGCCAAACAGUUAGUAAAAGAACAGACGACUACUUGCUCUGUGCUGCCUUUGGGGGAGCGACACAGAGUACCAGGCUUGGCCCAGAGCCCCUCUGCCUCUUCGGGGUCCAAAACCAGUGUGCAGGUGACAGUGGCAGGAGGGCAGAUGGCUGGAUCUCUGAGCACCGUCACCAUCCAGGCACAGCAGUACCUCGAUGGGAUGUGGAGCAUCUCUAGAGUGAAUAACUUUCCACCUCAGCCUAAACAGGCUCAAAGUUUGAUGGGAGAAGCAGAAAGUGAUGUCACAACCUUGGAGAACCCAAUCACCACCUUGACAGAGACCACCAGGACCUACACCACCACCACAUCUUUAACACCCUGCAGACUGAAAGGCCCCAGCCAUGCGGGUCUUCCUGUACCCAUAACCAGUGCAUCAGCCUCUCCUUCCUCAUCUACAGCUGCGUCCUUCUUCAUCAGGGCAGCUCAGAAGCUGAACCUCUCCUCCAAGCGGAAGAAACACCAACCCUCCCUACUCCACCCUCAGGAGCCCUCCAUCUACCCAACCAAUUUCAGUGGUAUCCUGCAGAUCUCCCCACCCCCCACCCCACCAUGUCUCCUCCGAGCCGUGUCCAAAGUGAAAGAGAACCCAGGGAUGGGAAAGGUAAAAGUGAUGAUGCGAAUCUGUCCAUCUCUGGAGGGUGCCGACUCCUCCGAGUCUCAGUCUUUCUUAAAGGUAGACAGCAGGAAAAAACAGCUGACCCUCUAUGACCCUGCGUCCAGCCCGCACUCCAGCUCAGGGCACAGGAGGUCCGCCACUGUAGCCGUCCCAAAGAUAUUUGCCUUUGAUGCUGUUUUUACCCACGAUGCCUCACAAGCUGAGGUAUGCUCAGGGACAGUAGCGGAGGUCAUCCAGUCUGUGGUGAACGGUGCAGACGGCUGCAUCUUCUGCUUCGGCCAAGUCAAGCUCGGCAAGACAUACACCAUGAUUGGAAAAGACAGCUCCCCUCAGAGUUUGGGCAUUGUGCCCUGUGCUAUUUCCUGGCUUUUCAAGCUCAUCAAUGAGCGUAAGGAGAAGACGGGCACUCGCUUCUCAGUCCGGGUGUCUGCUGUGGAAAUCUUUGGGAAAGACGAGGAGCUGAAGGACCUGCUGUCUGAGGUUUCAACAGGCAGUCUGCAGGAGGGCCAGUCCCCCGGAAUCCAUCUGAGAGAGGAUCCCAUCUGUGGCACUCAGCUCCAGAACCAGAGUGAGCUCCGGGCCCCGACCGCUGAGAAAGCCGCUUUCUUCCUGGACGCAGCCCUCGCCGCGCGCAGCACCAGCAGGCCAGAUGCUGAUGAGGAUGAAAGACGCAACUCGCACAUGCUGUUCACGCUUCACAUUUACCAAUAUCGCAUGGAGAAAAGUGGAAAAGGCGGAAUGUCAGGUGGACGGAGUAGACUGCACCUUAUUGAUCUGGGGAGCUGUGAGAAGGUCCUGAGCAAAAGCAGAGAGGGAGGGGGAGGCUUGUGUCUUUCUCUGAAUGCACUGGGAAACGUCAUAAUGGCUUUGACAAACGGAGCAAAACAUGUACCUUACAGGGACAGCAAGCUAACAAUGUUGCUGAGGGAGUCUCUCGGCAACAUUAACUGCAGAACCACCAUGAUUGCCCACAUCUCAGAUUCCCCGACCCACUAUGCCGAUUCACUCAACACAAUCCAGCUUGCCUCCCGCAUUCACCGCAUGAGAAAGAAGAAAUCAAAGUAUGCAUCAAGUUCUUCUGGAGGGGAGAGUUCUUGUGAAGAAGGCAGAGUUCGGCGGCCACCACACCUGAGACCAUUCCACCCUCGCACAGUAGCGCUGGACCCAGACCUGCCCGCCUUGCUCAGUGAUCCAGAGUACUCCUCAAGUAGCGAACAAUCUUGUGAUACUGUUAUUUACGUGGGCCCUGGCGGAACUGCAAUUUCAGAUAGAGAGCUUAGUGACAAUGAAGGACCACCUGCUUUCGUUCCUAUUAUUCCCUCCCUUAACAAGAAGAGAUCUGCAAAAGAGGGCCCUCAGGAUAGAGACCAUUUCUUUAAAUGUAACACGUUUGCUGAGCUCCAGGAGAGACUGGAUUGUAUAGAUGGCAGUGAGGAACCUUCUGCCUUUGUUGGGGAAGGCAAGAGAAACCAGGCUAGCCCUAAAAUGGACAAAUCCAAGGAAACCCAAGUGUGUAAUUCACCAAAGACUGGAGGAAAUAUUUACAACCAAGAGGGAAUGUCCACUAAGCAAUCUAGCCCUAUUCAAAUGCCCUGCAGCCCAAAUGUUAAACCUAAACUUGACAUUAACAAGAGACAAUGCAUACCUUCAGAAAUGGUUCCAGCUGAGACUGUUCAAAAUAUAUGCAGAACAAGUGCGGACGGGGAGAAGGUAUUGAUGUCUGAAAGUCUUGUCACCAGAAACAGACCAACAGCUAUCACAGACCCAAACUCAGAGCCUGUAGUGAGGGAGAAAGUUUACCCUUAUAAGAAAGCCUUGCCGAAGCCAGCUCCACCUCCCUUGCAGCAGACAGAAACCCCAGAAAAAGGAGAAAGAUCUUCCACCAGGAUGCCACCAGUGGGAAUGAGCCACCAAGCUGUAAAAAAAAGGGAUCCUUGCACAUCACCUUUGUUCAGAGCACCCCUAGAGGUGUGCCAAGUGCGGUCAGCUUUGAGGGAAAGGUGUAUGGAUCGAGACAUCCUUAGAGCUACUGUCACCCUGCAACAGCCAGUGGAGUUAAAUGGGGAAGAUGAGUUAGUGUUUACUGUUGUAGAAGAGCUUUCCAUUGGUAGUAUUGUGGAUAAGGGUCGACCAUCAAGUAUUAUUAGCUUCAACAGUGACUGCUCUCUUCAGGCCCUUGCUUCUGGUUCCAGACCUGUCAGCAUCAUCAGCAGCAUAAAUGAUGAAUUUGAUGCCUACACAUCAACUGUUGGAGGAACUGAAGUCAACAUUGCAGUAGUCACGCCCACCCAACAGGGUGCAAUAGAGUGUAUAGACAGCAGGGGAUCGUCUAUAAGUUCUUGGCUGAGCGAGGUCAGUGUAUGCACCUCAGAAAGUGAAGGGGCUCAUUCCACAGAUGUGUUCCUUCCUCAGGCCCAACAAAUUGGGCCAGAGUCCACAUUUUACUUUGAUUCCCUGGACAUGUUUCAAUGCGUGUCAUCUACAAGAGAUGCAAAGAACUCUUUGAAUGAUAGUGGAUUCAGUUUUUCUGAACAAGACAAUGAUAGCACCGCAUCAAGUAAACUGUCACUGACAAAGUCCCCCAACUCACCAGAAUCAGCCAAAGGGUCCCUUCGAUUUACAUCUAAAUUAUCCAAAGCUCACUCAGUGAGCUCCUCUCCACUUCCACAGUGCUCAUCAGUUGUCCACUCUAGUCUUCCCAGGAAGAUAAAACCUACCUCAUCCAUCUCUCAUAGUAGCAGCAGCAGCAGUAGAGAUCCACUGAGGCAAGAAGCCAAACAAGAGAAUCCAUGGCAACGAGUUAAUAACCACACAGAACCUCAGAUUUUUGACUCAAGCAGCACCAGCAGAUUUCUCAGAAAUCCCCCCAGUGGUGUCUUUUCCAGCAAAGCAUCCAACAACAGCAACAGUGUACCUCACCCUCCAAAGGUGCAGGGGUCUACCUCAUCCCAGAGAGUGGUUGAUGGCUGUGAGAAGAGUGCUACCAGGAAUACACCCAGCAGAGUGCCUCAGCUGAAACGAGGUGCCACCACCCUGGGAACGGUGCCUGUUAUUCAUUCCUCCACAGAUCACAAAGGAAGCCAGGAUACUGCUUCAUCUUCUGGAAGCCUUAAAUUCUCCUCACUGGGGAAAAACAAUAAGGCUAACUCACAAAAAGCAAGUGAUCUCGCAAAGCCUGGUUGCACCUCGCCACCUCCUCCUCCAGUUAGAAAGUCAAGCCUUGAUCACAAGACUAAGAUUUUGCUACCCCAAAGUGCCUUAAAGUCAGCAUAUGGGGAAGGAGGAAAGACUUAUGGGUCAAGGACAGCUGUAUCAGAGGAUGAACUUGAGGGACAUCGUAAAACAGAUUCCAACAAUUUAAAAACCUCUAGCCUCAACACAGCCAAAGUUACCUCUAGCCUGAAGGCCAAAGGUUCUAAAGGAGAUGCUGGGCUGCAUUAUGGCAGUCAGAUGUCACUGGAAAGGUGUGAGAGCCUGUCUCUAUCAGGCUCCAGAACUGCGCUUAGCAGGGAAAACAGUGGGGCAAGUCUGGGAAGCAAAUCUAACAAGUCAAUUCCAAGAUUUGGUAUCCCUAAUUCAUCAAGCUCCCCCAUAGCUACCUUCCAACCUAGUCAAAGUGGAGGAAACAUUGCCAAACCCAGUCAAAUAAAAGCAUCUGUAAAUACCAGAGCAUUAGGAGCAGUUAAUGGGAAUAAAGCCCGCUCACUGUCAGCCAACAGCUCCAAGGGCCUUAGUUCCUCUACUAAAUCUUUGGCAUCUUCUGUUUCCCGGAAUACCAACGCUAACCUUCCACCAUCGGGUCGGACAUCAGGCUCUCGGACUACUGCCCAAAUCACAAACAAGCCUGGUAGAGGGACUAUCAUGGGCACAAAGCAGGCCAUUAGGGCUGCAAACAGCCGUGUAAGUGAACUUGCCACAGGCAAUGUAUCAGUAAAGCAUGGUAAAGGUUCAGGAGAUUCAGACAGUGGGAAUGACAGUGGAGUAAACGUGACCGAUGACAAGUCCCCGACAGCCAUCUUACCUUCUCCGUACAGUAAAAUCACUGCACCCAGAAGGCCUCAGCGCUACAGCAGUGGCCAUGGCAGUGAUAACAGUAGUGUGCUGAGCGGCGAGCUUCCUCCAGCCAUGGGCCGUACAGCUCUGUUCUACCACAGUGGAGGCAGCAGCGGAUAUGAGAGCAUGAUUAGGGAUAGUGAAGCAACAGGUAGUGCUUCAUCUGCCCUUGACUCCAUGAGUGAAAGUGGGAUGUCAUCUUUAGGCCGAGCAAGGAGCUCCAAGUAUCCCAAGAAGAGAGCUAAUGGCUUCCAGAGAAGACGGCUAAUUCCUGCACCCCUGCCAGACACAUCGUCCUUGGGGAAAAAGGUGGCCCCUGCAGGCCAGUGGGUGGACCUGCCUCCUAUGUCUGGACAGUUGAAAGAGCCGUUUGAGAUCAAAGUAUAUGAGAUUGAUGAUGUGGAACGUCUCCAAAGGCGGCGUCAAGAGGAAACCGCAGAGCAAUCGUGCCAAGACGUUGAAAAGGGUUUGAUAUACUUUAACAGCAAGUGGAGAUUGCUGGAGAGAAGGCAACAGCAGGUGAGGGAAUUGAAAGCAAAGCACCAAGUGUUGUUGGAGGAGCUGGAGGACACAAAAGUUCGACUAAUGAUGGAUCCCAGCAAGUGGGUUGGAGAGUUUGAUGUAGACCAUAAUUUGGAUAAAGAGUCUCCUGAGUACCUGGAGGCCUUGGCACAGGCCACGGAGGAGUUGGAGUUUUGCGUCAACCUUUGCAAGUCCCACGUUAUGAUGGUGACUUGUUUUGACAUCAGCAUGCCAUCGACAUCAGGAGCUCAAGAGGGACUGCGUGAAGUCGAAGUUUGAGGAGGGAAGCAAGUAGAAAUUUAAAAGACAGCGGAAGUGAGAAGAAAAUGUUAGAAGAGAUGUAGCAGUCAGUUUAUAACUAUCACUGGAAUGAAGGAAAAAAAGUUGGAUGGGAGACGAGAGCAGAGCUUUACUGG